AUGUCAAGGCAAGGCAAGGCAAGGCAAGGCAAGGUAAGCCAAGGCUCGCCAAGGCAAGGCAAGUCAAGGAUCGGCAAGGCAUGCCAAGGCCACCGCAAGGCAAGUCAAGGUUUGGCAAGGCAAGUCAAGGCAAGGGAAGCUAAGGGAAGGCCACGGCAAGGCAAGGCAUGCCAAGGUAGGGCAAGACAUGCAAAGGCCACGAUAAGGCAUCAAGGCAAGGCAAGUCAAGGCAAGGCAAGGCAAGGUAAGGCAAGGCAAGCUAAGGCCACGGCAAGGCAAGUUAAAGCUUGGCAAGGCAAGUUAAAGCUUGGCAAGGCAAGUGAAGCAGGUGAAGCUAAGGCAUGCCGAGGUAGGGCAAGGCAUGUCAGGUCAAGGCAAGGUAAGCCAGGGCCGUGGCAAGGCAAGGCAAGCCACACCAUCCUAAGUUUCCAAUAG